CUUCAAGCGAGGGUUCUAGAACUUGGUUGCCUUAGCCCCUUUUUAUUAUGCCUUUUUUCUAUAUAAAUAGCACGAGAAGCGUUUUGAGUUUUGAGACAGGGAUACUUGGAUCGGGCAAGAUAACGACACUGCAAAGACCACCUGACACCUAAUAGUCAGUGCUUCUUUCCUCUACGCUGUUGCUUGAGAUUCGAAGAUAGAUUUCUAGAAUUUCACGCCCUUCGAGUUUGCAUGAGAUGGUCUUGACACACUGACCAGAUCUUCGAAGAGAGUGAUAGCGAUUGUUGAAAGGGGUUAUCGGUUAUGACUUGGAAGUCUUGACUCUUGAGGCUGAAACUGAGGUCCUUCACGCGUAGGUGAACACACUUCACUCUUCACAUUUAUCUACUUCGUCUCGGCAUAUUUACUUGAAUUCUGGGAUGGAUCUGUGGUCUCUCAGGAAUACUUACUGCUAGCGAGGCGGGUGUUGAUCCUCUGCAAGCGUCAAAGUUAAGGUUGGCUGGAGCCGCGCUUACUCUUCUCAGUUGCCAAGCCUCGCAAGCCUUGUGGUGUUGUACCUUAGGCGCCCCCACCCCCGACCUAACAAACAUCAGCGCCGACCGAUUUACCAGCAGCAGUCGCAAACCACCUGCACCCUCCAAGUAUCUUAACCCUCUCCCUCCACUCCCGACCGUCGCCCAAAUCCAGCCGAGGACUCUUAGCUCAUACAUCCAUCUAUCCACUAUUCCCAAGUCCAUUCCCAUUCCCAGUUCCAGAAUAUCUCUGCCGGGCAACCUGAUUGCAAGAGAGGCAAUCAAGCCCCGUGUGAGACCGCAGUCCAGUCCCAUCUACUCGUAGAUCUCCAGAGUCCAAAGCCAGAACCACCUGGGUACCGCAACGCACCUCCGCAACCCUGCGAUAGCUUCACCGAGAACCCCCUCUGCCACCGAGUCCUCUCGCUGGCACCAGCUCGAACCACACGAUGAUCCAAGGAUCUCACGUCUACUCUCACCAGCAUUCCUAUAACCCUCAGCCCGAGCAAUCAUGGAUGCACCAGCAGAGUCACCAUCAGCAUGCCCAGCAGCAGGUUGCUGCCGCUCAGCAACAACACUUUAACCGUGUUGCUGCCAGCCAUAAUGCCGCUGCCCCGCUGGCAGUAAAUCAACAUGGACCGGAACCAGUUAUCGACAAUGUGACGGAAGAGAAUAGGAGGACACUGAACUUUAUAUCGGAUUUGUUACAGGAGGAUACAAGAGAGGCGGCUCUGCUCGAACUGAGCAAGAAGCGUGAGCAAGUUCCAGAGCUCGCGUUGAUUCUUUGGCAUUCAUUUGGUAGGGUUGUACGACUGGCAUGCCUUUCUAGGUACUAACAUUCUUUAGGCGUCAUGACUUCGCUCCUUCAAGAAAUCAUUUCUGUCUACACACUACUCAAUCCCUCUCAACUCACAGCUGCCGCAUCCAACCGAGUCUGCAAUGCGUUGGCACUUCUGCAGUGUGUUGCUUCGCACAAUGAAACCAGAGCACUCUUUUUGAAUGGUAUGGACACGCGCAUGAGCACACAGAAAUCAGGAUAUCUUGCUAAUACAAUCUUCAGCACACAUUCCCUUGUUUCUCUACCCCUUCCUCAAUACCACUUCGAAGUCAAGACCCUUCGAAUACCUCCGAUUGACAUCCCUCGGUGUCAUCGGUGCCCUUGUCAAGAAUGAUUCUUCGGACGUCAUCAACUUCCUCCUCACAACCGAAAUCAUUCCUUUGUGCCUUCGAAUUAUGGAGACGGGUUCCGAGCUGAGCAAGACAGUGGCCAUCUUCAUCGUUCAGAAGAUCCUUCUCGAUGACCAUGGACUCAACUAUAUCUGUGCCACGUAUGAGCGGUUCUAUGCAGUCGGCACAGUGCUCAGCAAUAUGGUAUCACAACUGGUAGAACAGCAGACCGCAAGGCUUUUGAAGCAUGUCGUGCGCUGCUUUUUACGGUAUGUCACCGAUGAAAUGCAACCGUUGUAGGCAAAACUAACUCGAAAUAGCCUUAGUGACAAUGCCCGAGCUCGUGAAGCCUUACGACAAUGCCUUCCUGAACCACUCCGGGAUGCUACUUUCUCCUCGGUCCUCCGUGAUGAUGCUGCAACCAAGCGCUGCCUCGCACAACUUUUGAUCAACUUGUCGGACAAUGUUGUCGAAUCUUCGGGAAAUCAUCAAGGAAUAUAAUCAAAAUACACUCCCUUAAUUCUCCCUGUAACAUACAACAUUAACUCUCCACGACGCGGCGCGCAAGCGCGAGAAAUUUCAUCUCUGGUUCAGGCAUGGAUAAAACGAUACCCGGGUCUCUAUUCGUCAAAAAACAGAUUGCCAGUUUUGCCACUGGUAAGUAAACAAAGGUUUCAGGACAGCUCAAUUUUGCUGGAAAGAGUCAGUCGGGUUUUUAGGUGUUACAUGAUGGGGAUUUGUUUUUCGGUUUGCGAAAAAUCGGGGUUUUUCCUGCUUUGCGAUGCGUUUACUUUCAGAUCUAUUUUCGUUUUUUUCCGUAAGCGGGGCUUCUCAUUUCCCUUUUUACUCUCUCUCUCUCUCUUUUUCAUCAUUCUGGUGUCUUUGGCUUUGGUCUCUUGCAUUUACGGGAUGGAGUUUAUAAGGAUUCAUGGUGGGUGGGGGCCGUGGAAUGGCGGG